AGCAUUUCCCACUCUUGACUUCUGCCAGCACUUGCUCCCAUUGGUGCCUGAGCACCCAGUCUCACCAGCAUGCUCUGCCUGUGCCUGUAUGUGCCGAUCAUUGGGGAGGCCCAAACUGAAUUCCAGUACUUUGAAUCCAAGGGGCUUCCCGCAGAGCUGAAAUCCAUCUUCAAACUCAGUGUCUUUAUCCCCUCGCAGGAGUUCUCCACCUACCGACAAUGGAAGCAGAAAAUUGUGCAAGCAGGUGACAAGGACCUUGAUGGGCAACUGGACUUUGAAGAGUUUGUACAUUACCUCCAAGAUCAUGAGAAAAAACUGAGGCUGGUGUUCAAGAGUCUGGACAAAAAGAAUGAUGGACGAAUCGACGCUCAAGAGAUCAUGCAGUCCCUGCGGGACUUGGGCGUCAAGAUCUCUGAACAGCAAGCAGAGAAGAUUCUUAAGAGCAUGGAUAAGAAUGGCACGAUGACCAUCGACUGGAAUGAGUGGAGGGACUACCACCUCUUGCACCCUGUGGAGAAUAUCCCUGAGAUCAUCCUGUACUGGAAGCACUCAACGAUCUUCGAUGUUGGUGAGAACCUGACAGUCCCAGAUGAGUUCACAGUGGAAGAGAGGCAGACAGGGAUGUGGUGGAGGCACCUGGUGGCCGGAGGUGGGGCAGGGGCAGUUUCCAGAACAUGCACUGCUCCCCUGGACAGACUGAAGGUGCUCAUGCAGGUCCAUGCCUCCCGCAGCAACAAUAUGUGCAUCGUCGGCGGAUUUACACAGAUGAUUCGGGAAGGGGGAGCCAAGUCUCUCUGGCGGGGCAAUGGCAUCAAUGUCAUCAAAAUUGCCCCCGAGUCGGCCAUCAAAUUCAUGGCAUAUGAGCAGAUGAAGCGCCUUGUUGGUAGUGAUCAGGAGACACUGAGGAUCCAUGAAAGGCUUGUGGCUGGCUCCUUGGCUGGGGAAGUUGCCCAGAGUAGUAUCUACCCAAUGGAGGUUUUGAAGACCCGAAUGGCCCUGCGGAAGACAGGCCAGUACUCGGGCAUGUUGGACUGUGCCAGGAGGAUCUUGGCUAAAGAGGGUGUAGCUGCUUUCUACAAAGGUUACAUCCCCAACAUGCUGGGGAUCAUCCCCUAUGCUGGCAUCGAUCUAGCUGUCUAUGAGACACUGAAAAAUACCUGGCUACAGCGCUAUGCAGUGAACAGUGCAGACCCUGGUGUGUUUGUGUUUGUUCUCUUGGCCUGGAGCACUAUCUCCAGUCCCUGUGGCCAGCUGGCCAGCUACCCACUAGCCUUGGUCAGGACCCGGAUGCAGGCACAAGCUUCCAUUGAGGGUGCGCCCGAGGUAACCAUGAGCAGCCUCUUCAAACAGAUUCUGCGGACUGAGGGGGCCUUUGGGCUAUACAGGGGGCUGGCCCCCAACUUCAUGAAGGUGAUUCCAGCUGUGAGCAUUAGCUACGUGGUAUACGAGAACCUGAAGAUCACACUGGGCGUGCAAUCUCGGUGACGGGAGGGUGGUGGACUUGGUGAUCCUGGGUUGCUGCCCGGGACGUGUAGCCAUCUCAUUCUGUGAAUGUGCCAACACUAAGCUGACUUACCCAGGCUGUGAAACCCAGGAUGCCGCAGGGGAGGGGCAGGGACUGGCAAGCUCUAGGCUGGUCCUGCUGACCUGGCAGACCCUGUGUCCCUUCCAAGGAAGGCCUGUGGACAUUUCUUGGGGUCCAGAGGUCAGUAGGAUGUGGGCUCCUGCACCUAGAACCAGGAUGUUUUCUGCAGUGCCUGCCCGACAGUGAGCUUGGAGGCCAGCUUAGUUCUUCCAUCUCGUUCACGCAGCCAGACCUCAGCCAUAACCUCCCUCUGGUCCAAAGAGCAUUCCUGUGUCCCCUCUCAUCUUUCUCAUUGAUGUGCUGUGGUAGGAAGUGGGCAAAUCCCCACUUCUUCUUGUCCCUCUUGCCUCAGUGCUGGUCCUCCAAACCUGUUUCCCAGGCUGCAGCAUCCAUGGGGACCUGUGGUACGGGAAGCUGAAGGAGUACCCCAUACGUCCUUGCCUCUUCUGAGCUCACCAGCAAGGCUACCUGGAUGUGCCCAGGUACUCAGGCACUGGCUGCCUGGCACCAUGGUGCAUGGCUUUGCUGAAAGCUACUCUAGGACCUGGAUCCCAGAGGAUUUGUGCUGCCUGCAUGGGCCUAAUGUCCUGUGAGCUGUCCCUAAGCCCUGUCAGGACUGGCAUCAGCUCAUGACCAUACUUAUUGUUCCAUUUUGUGGUAUGAGGGUGAGGCAGAGUAUCUGCCCCAUGCGUGCUGCCAUGAUGAGAAGGAAAAGAUGCUGAAGGCCUUAAUCAUGUCUCACUGGAUAAAGGAUUUGGUUCAGAAGGGCAAACUGGACACUGCUCAUGGGCCUCACUCACAGAGAGAGCAGGAGGGGGUGCAGAGGGAAGUGGUUUGGCUGCUUUGAAGUCUGUUCCAAGGUCCUGUGGGGGGAGUGGGCCCAGCCUCACAUUCCACACGGCGUAUCACACUGCUUGGAGCCUAUUUAUUUUGUAUUUAUUUGAACAGAGUUAUGUCCUAACUAUUUUUAUAGAUUUGUUUAAUUAAUAGCCUGUCAUUGUCAAGUUCAUUUUUUAUUCGUAUUUUAUGUUCAUGGUUUAUUGUACCUUCCCAUCACCACCUGGUGGGGGGUGGGGAGACAGAUGGAAGAGUGGCCACAGAGUGACCUUACCUGCUGCCUACACUGUCCAAAGAAAUUCCUCUCCCAGCUGGAAACAGGAAAAGGCACCAGGACCUUGCUGUGGGAAGCAUCCCCUGGCAGUCCAGGAAGGGUCGUGGGAAAGGCGGAGAGGAGGGAAGAAUUUCUUUAUUUUGCCCUUUUGGAAUGACAAGGCAGUGGGUGCUUCACUGGGAAUUUGGUAUGAGGGUGAGGACUGGAGGACUGGGUGGCCUGCCCUCCCUAACCUGUGACCUGGGCUCCCUCCUGGCCCAUGGCUGCCCUUGCUCAAUGAGUGGUCAGCUGGCCACUUGGCAAUUGUGCCUCCUCGGUCCCAGAACAACCUGAUGAGGGAAAUCCAAAUAGGAUGCAAAGAUCAAUGCAAAAAUUACCGUUCUGCAUAGUCUAUCGCUGUAACUGGACUUUGUCAAAGGCAAGCAGCCUUCUAAUAAAGUUGCUUCAAAAGUGA